AUGAUUCCCCUACCUCGAUCCGUGGCCAGAGUUGCCCUGCGACAGAGUCGCAUCAACACCCGACUCUUCGCCGCGCCCAAAAACUUCUACUCCGCAUACCACUCCUACUCGCUGCCUUCCACCUCGCCAACUCCGCCGAGCAAUGACGAUAUCCCCGAGACGUCACUCAGCCAUCCCGAGCCGCUCCCCCGAGUCCACGAAACUCGCCCGCCAGCCAUACCCGCGCACCACCAGCAGGCCCUCAACCCCCAGAAGCAACAGAAGCAGGCUGCCACUCCCGUAGAGAAGCCCGUCGCGCCACCGGUGGUCGAGGCCGCCCCGCCAAAGACCAAGGCCAAGACGCCUCGCCCGCGGCCCAAGCUGCGGGCUCGCAAGGCGGCCAUGACGCUGACCCCGUCGGCGGUCGAGCAGCUGCGCUCCCUCCUGGACCAGCCCGAGCCAAAACUGAUCAAGGUCGGGGUCAAGAACCGCGGCUGCAGCGGGCUGGCGUACCACCUCGAGUACGUGGAGAAGCCGGGGGCCUUUGACGAAACGGUCGAGCAGGACGGCGUCAAGGUCUUGAUCGACAGCAAGGCGCUGUUUAGCAUCAUUGGGAGCGAGAUGGACUGGGCCGAGGACAAGCUCAACCAGCGGUUUGUUUUCAGGAACCCCAACAUCAAGGAAGAAUGCGGAUGCGGAGAGUCAUUCAUGGUUUAG